UCUAAUACUUAAUAGGGGUCGAUAGAAGAAUCUCUUUGACUCAAUUUACAGAGAGAGAGAGAGAAGAGAGAGAUGACGAUUGGGAUCAUGGAGGUUCUGCUGGUGGGUGCUCGAGGUCUCAAGAACAAUGAAUUCUUCGGUGGUGGGAUAGAUCCGUAUGUUUUGAUUCAAUACAAAAGCCAAGAGCACAAGAGCAGCGUGAUCAGAGGGCAAGGAGGCAAUCCAGUGUGGAAUGAGAAAUUUACAUUCAGUGUAGAGUAUCCAUCAGAGGAAGAAGAUGAGCGAUACAAACUCAUCCUCAACAUCAUGGACAAGGACACCUUCUCUGCAGAUGACUACCUCGGCCAAGCCACGAUAUAUUUGGAAGACCUUUUGGCACUAGGAGUGGAGAAUGGAAAUGCAAAGCUACAUCCUCUCAAGUAUAGUGUUGUUUCCCCUGACCAAAAUUACUGUGGAGAGAUUCAAGUUGGUGUCACUUUCACCCCUAAGGUACAAGAGGAAGAGGAAGCUGAGGAAGAAGAAUUUGGUGGAUGGAAAGAAAGUGAUUAUUAGCUGCUUUGCCAAGUUAGCUAAUUUGUGGAUCAGUAAUGCUUGGUGGCUCGGAAAUUUAUGCCUUGAAUGGCUUAAAUGUGUCAAAAUGACAUCGUUUUAGAGAUAAAAUGACGUCAUUUUGAUACAUUCAAACCGUUCGGGCCACACAAAUUCGGGUCACCAAGCAUUUUUUUUUGUAAACUCUUUGUUGUGUGUUUGUGUGUGAACCAGUUGUUGAAAUUAUUUCUGUAAUCAUAGAGAGUCAAUCUUAAGGUUAAAUUCUCAUUUAUGGAUAAGGGGAUGGGUUACGGUUAAUUUUAUCUCAUGAUAACAUUAUUUUGCGUUGGUUUAAAUUUUAUGACUUUAAAUAAUUUAUCAUAAGGGCUCUUUUAUCUCGCAUAA